ACAUUACAAUACCAGCGGCCAUUGCACGCUUGAAAAAUAAAACAAACCUCCCCUCUCCCCCUCCCCCAAGCGCAAGCAAAGAAGCAAUGGCCCUGGCUGUCCUCUGCCUUGUAAUCUUAUUCUCUUCCACAUUGAACUCAUGGCAAGUCGUUGAAGUAGCAGGGGGGUCGACGCCCAACUACAGAGAUGCCUUGGCAAAGUCCUUAUUGUUCUUUCAAGGCCAAAGGUCAGGGAGGCUCCCCCGCACCCAACAAAUUGAUUGGAGGUCUGCUUCAGGCCUCUCCGAUGGUUCUUUUGCCCGUGUGGACUUAACCGGGGGAUAUUACGAUGCUGGAGACAAUGUGAAAUUCAACUUCCCAAUGGCAUUCACGACCACCAUGCUCUCUUGGAGCACACUUGAGUACGGCAAGAAAAUGGGACCUGAGCUACAGAGUGCAAGAGCUGCGAUCCGUUGGGCCACCGAUUAUCUUCUCAAGUGCGCUUUGGCUACUCCUGGCAAGCUCUACGUUGGUGUUGGCGACCCCAACUCUGACCACAGGUGCUGGGAGAGGCCUGAGGACAUGGACACUGUCAGGAGCGUGUACUCUGUUUCACCUAGCAAUCCGGGCUCCGACGUGGCAGGAGAAACUGCUGCUGCAUUGGCUGCUGCUUCCUUGGUCUUCCGAACAGUUGAUCCGGCAUACUCUAGACUGCUGCUGAGAACUGCUCAGAAAGUCAUGCAGUUUGCAAUUCAAUACAGAGGUUCUUACAGUGACUCCCUCGGCUCUGCCGUUUGUCCAUUUUACUGCUCAUAUUCCGGUUAUAAGGAUGAGUUAUUAUGGGGGGCAGCCUGGCUCUUCAGAGCAACGAACAAUGUUUACUACUUUAAUUUCAUCAAAAGUCUGGGAGCCAAUGAUGGAACAGACAUUUUUAGCUGGGACAACAAAUACGCCGGUGCUCGUGUUCUGCUGUCAAGGAGAAGCUUGCUGAACAGAGACAUGGCAUUUGAGCCUUAUAGGCAACAAGCUGAAGACUUUGUGUGCAGAAUUUUACCAAAUUCUCCGUAUUCAAGCACACAAUAUACGCCAGGAGGGCUGAUGUUCAAGCUAAGCCAGAGUAACCUGCAAUACGUGACAUCCAUAACCUUCUUGCUCACCACAUAUUCCAAAUACAUGGCAGCCACAAAGCACACCUUCAACUGUGGAAACCUUUUAGUCACCUCAAAUACCUUGAGGAGCCUCUCAAAGAGACAGGUGGACUAUAUCUUAGGCGAAAACCCUUUGAAAAUGUCGUACAUGGUGGGAUACGGCUCAGAUUAUCCAAGAAGAAUUCACCACAGAGGCUCCUCCUUGCCCUCGGAAGCAAUUCAUCCUCAGUCCUUCGGCUGUGAAGGCGGAUUCCAACCAUUCUACUACACCGCCAAUCCGAAUCCUAACAUCUUAACUGGAGCCGUCGUGGGGGGCCCAAAUCAGAAUGAUUUCUUCCCAGAUGAUCGGACGGAUUACAGUCACUCGGAGCCUGCAACCUAUAUUAAUGCAGCUUUAGUUGGACCGUUAGCAUUCUUUGCCGGGAGCUUCAACAUGUGAGAUGGAGUAGUCAUGCUAAUUAAUUACUCCUAUAAUCAAUCCAUUAGUCCAAAUUGAUUUGAAUUAGCCCAAAAAAAAAAAUUGUAGAUAUGUAUUCCCCGGUGCUAGGCCAGCUUGCUUGUCCAAAAACAGGGCAUCAUCAUGCUAGUGCUACCACUAGCAAAUUAGGUGGUGGAAUAUGAAUAUCAAAUGCUUUAACCAAAUGAUUUCCGAGUUCU